AAGAGUCUGUUGAACUCAGACAUGAGGAUCCUCAAUACUCAUGUCUCUGUGUGGACUCAGAUCAGGUGAACAUGAUUUCUGACUUGUAACUUCUUGUUGAUGUGUCACCAUGAACAACUCUGUGAACUUACUGCAGAUCACCUUCACCAUCUACAGCUCUCUGGGUGUGUACAAUGUUGCACUGGUUGUGUUUGUCUUUGUCUUCUAUGUUUCCAGUGUGUGUAUUAACGUCUUCCUUGUAAUGGUCAUUUGCAUGGACCCCCGCCUGUACGGCAGACCCAUGUACGUGCUGCUCAUGAACCUGUGUCUGUGUGGCAUGGUGGGCACAACAUCAGUGUGUCUCAGCAUCAUCAAACAUGUGCUGCACCACAAUCAGCAAAUGUCCUUGCAGGCAUGUCUGACCCAGAUCUUCUUCAAUGGCAUGUACAGCACCUGUAUAUUCUGUAUUCUGGCGCUGAUGGCAUAUGACCGCUACGUCUCUAUCUGUAAACCACUGCUUUAUCACACCAUCAUGACUCCACUGAGAGUCAACCUGAUGUUGCUGGUGGUUUACAUGGUCCUCAGCUCUUUCGCAGGCAUGCAGAUGUACCUGACGUCCAGACUGCAACUGUGUGGACACACAGUUGACAGGUUAGUUUGUUACAGUAUGGCGAUCGCUUACCUCUCCUGUAAGAACUCAACAGUGAUUUAUGUUUACGGUCUAACUUGUGCUUGCUUCUUCAUCAUGCUCCCGAGUUGUCUGGUCAUUCUGUCCUACGUCCACAUCUUCAUGGUGAUUGUGAAAAAAUCUAAGGACUCCCAGAGGAAGGCACUGCAGACAUGCACACCUCACUUAGUCACUUUCAUUAACUUCUCUGUGGCUUCCUUAUUCGGAGUCAUUUACAACCGACUUAGUCGGGACCUCCCAAAAGUUGUCACGAUUUUCAUCACUGUGAAUUUUUUCAUCAUCCCCCCUCUGCUCCAUCCUAUAAUUUAUGGGAUCAAAAUGCAGGAGAUUCGACAAAGUAUCAGCAAAAGGUUGAAGGAUAAAAAACGGAACUGCAACUUCAAUUGAACAAAAAAUUAAAAUACAAAACACUUAUGGAUAUUACCGAUAAAGUAAUUUACAUGCUGAUAAAUGUUACACUGUGACGAAAUGUAUAAUGCUCAUGUCAUACGUUAUACUGUGAUAACGUAAACCUAAACGUGUCGAUAAUGUUUCUAUUAAUGUGACAGAGUUCAUGUGAUUGAUAAUGUUUGUAUUGUGACACAGUGCUUGAAGUGGGCCGGUGCUGUCCUUUAUGUAGUACACUCCCUUCUCACAAGAUGCUGGUACUGAUUAUCUGUCCAAUUCAUUUUUAUAGCCCAUAAUAAUCAUUUCUCAGGGUGCACUACAUGAUGUUCACCUGUUGUUUAACAAAAAUAAUAUCUAUCAGGCUGUGGCGACCUCUAAAGCGAGAAGCCAGAAGAAGAAGAAGACACAGUAUCAUAACAUGACGCCAAAUGAAAAGGACUGUGUGCUUGAAGUUUAAAUCAUUGUUGGAAAUGUUAAAGAUGAUCUACAAGUUGGCAAAAUGUGGAACAUAUGUCAUAAGUCAGUUUUUGGUUAUUUUAAUAUCGACUGAAAAUGAAAUAAAUGGAUGUUGCAUCACAAAUAUCUUACGGGUAACGGGUCAUUGCUUUAUUGAUGUGCGUUGUGUAUA